AUGGCUGCCGAUUCAACUGUCGUCUCCAACACGGAGAAUCUCAUGAAGUACAUGACUCUGGACCAGCGUGGUCGCGUCCAGGCUGAGUACGUGUGGAUUGAUUCCUGCGGUGGCACUCGUUCCAAGACCAAGACUGGUGUUUCUGCACACGAUGACCCUGCCACGAUCCAUGUCAUGUCAUAUGGAGGGAGUGGGCGCGCACCCGGCCGUGGCCGUCUUCGCUCUCAUGCCAAGCCCCCAUUGGAAUGGCCUGAAAACAGUGAUCCCGCUAACUCGACAUGUGUAAACCUGCAGACCCUGUCCAAGGCUGUCACGAGUGUUGAGGAACUUCCCGAAUGGAACUUUGACGGUUCCUCCACUGGUCAGGCCCCCGGUGACAACUCUGACGUCUACCUCCGCCCCGUUGCCUUCUACCCCGACCCCUUCCGCCGCGGCGACAACAUCCUCGUUCUCUGCGAGACCUGGGAUGCCGAUGGAAGCCCCAACAAGUUCAACUACCGUCAUGACGCCGCCCGCUUGAUGGAGACCAACGCCAAGGAGGAGUUUUGGUUCGGUCUUGAGCAGGAAUACACCCUCCUCGGUACCGAUGCUUGGCCCUACGGCUGGCCCCGUGGUGGUUUCCCCGGUGCCCAGGGUCCUUACUACUGCGGUGUCGGUACUGGCAAGGUCUACUGCCGUGACAUUGUCGAGGCCCACUACCGCGCCUGCCUGUACGCCGGUAUCAACAUCUCCGGUAUCAACGCCGAGGUCAUGCCCUCUCAGUGGGAGUACCAGGUCGGUCCUUGCGCUGGCAUUGAUAUGGGUGACCACCUCUGGAUGUCCCGCUUCAUCCUUCACCGUGUCGCCGAAGAGUUUGGUGUGCGCAUUUCUUUCGAGCCCAAGCCCAUUGAGGGUGAUUGGAACGGUGCUGGUCUGCACUCCAACGUCUCCACCGCCGCUACUCGCGCUGAGGGUGGCAUGAAGGCCAUCGAGGCGGCCAUGAAGAAGUUCGAGGCCCGUCACCAAGAACACAUCGCCGUGUACGGCGAGGGUAACGACAAGCGUCUUACUGGUCGUCACGAGACCGGUAACAUCGAUAAGUUCUCAUAUGGUGUCGCCGACCGUGGCGGUUCCAUCCGUAUCCCCCGCCAGGUCGCCAAGGACGGCAAGGGUUACUUUGAGGACCGCCGCCCCGCCUCCAACGCUGAUCCUUACCAGAUCACUGGUAUCAUCGUUGAGACCAUGUGCGGUGGCCUGUAA